AUGGCUGCAGAGUCCAAACUAGGAGAUAAUACAAUAUGGCACACGUUUACAAGAUAUAUCCCAGAAUGUUUUGUUAGCGACUAUUCCAAACUGGAGAAAGGCUUGAAGGAAUUCUUCCCUGGCGGAAUUGAUGUCACAUUUGAGAAGGAAACCGCAGACCAUGUAGCACAUUACAAGGUUAUCGGGCUCCGAGACAGUCCCGAUAACAUCAACCUACAGAAAUUCCUCACGGACGACUCCGGUUCAGCAGAUCAAGAACCCGAGACUUGGGGCAGUCAAAUUAAAUAUGUCCCCGUUCGUCUUGUCAAGGACGUGAACAGUUUCAAAGCAGCAUUGAAGAAACACUAUGGUGAAGGAGUGACGCACCCUAUCAAGGGCUCACACACAGAAGAGGCCGUCUAUGAGGUUAAGGCACCCAAAGCGAGUACAGGACCCACAGAUCUGGUGAAGACUCUCCAGGAGGAGGAUGUCCUUAAGAAAGAGGGAUGA